AGACGUGCUCCAAUAGGACAAUGGGCUGUUGAGUGGUUGCGCUUUGCAGCACAUGCUGUUGUAUGCAGCUCCGCGGUUUCGCUCAUAUGUCUACACUCACGACCAACCCAUCUUUAUGAUAUCUAUUUACUUCCCAAUGUCUUAAGGUUAUUGGCUCAGUGAGGCCUGCUCGACAGCUGAAUAUCCUAAUGCUUGCUGAUUGGUUCGCUUGGAGGUUCACUGGCCCGUAAGCAAGCGUAACAAUGCCGGCCCUUGUGGUUCUGAACCGGAAAUGGCACAUUGCAACAGACGACUUGCCGUUGCCCAGUAUAAUGGGCGCCGUGUGGCACGGCGUCCUGCUAUGUGCCAUCGCGGUCGACUUGGCAUUUGUGGUUCGUCAACUCGACAACAGUUGCUAUUAUCGCGAGCGCCACAUAGUCUACCUCUCCAUACAUAUAGCCUGUGUGUGCGUUAAUUGCCUUCUUCACACAUGGACCUUUUUCGAAAGUAUUCGAGGCUCAAUCUUCCAGCCCAACCGCCGGAGCCGGGUCGGCCCGUUGGCGGUUGCCGUUUCCCUCUGUUACGCCCUAACCAUCGGCAACAAUGCGUACGGCACCCGGCUCAUCUACCAGCAGGCUCGUCAGCCCGAGUGCCCUGCCGUACAGGGGCCACUACAUCUAAACCACAACAGGCUCCUCAUGUUCAUUGUCGUGGCCAACUGGGUUUCCCUCUUCAUCGGUUGCUUAGCCGUCUUCAUAACACUCAACCUUUUCUCAACCUACAAAACAGCCAGCACCUGGUUACGGAGCCUUUCCCAGCUCUGCCGUACUGCAACUUCGCGCUGUAGCGGCUGUUGCGGUACAACGCCACCGUACAUUGUUGCGGUUUUCCAGGGGCUGUGCUGCGGAUGGGGAGUGAGUGCCGUAGCAGGGAAAGGGGACGGCGCGGAGGAGGAGGAAGCGGAGGAGGAAAGCGCGAGGGCCAUGGCUAAGAACAUGUCUCCCAUGGUGGUGAUUGCGAACGUCAUCCAACACGUUUUCGGUGGGGUGGACAUGACCCUAACCGACUACCUAGCAGCCUUUGCUCUGGUGGGCGCUCGCCACCGGCACGCCAAGCCCGCAUGCACCUACUCCAACGCAGCCCCCCCGGACUGGCUCCAGCAGCAAGGUGCUGACUACGCAUCGCACCAAGAAACUCACCUUACUGCCACCUCCGCCUCCACCGCCCCCGUCACGCCUAACUCCCAACCCAACGGCGUCGUCGCUGCAACCCCAACCGCGGCCCAAGCAAUGCUCCGGCCGCCGCUCAUCGUAGAAAUUGUUGCUGCUACCAAUGGCACGAGCAGUGCUGUAAAUGGCGGUGCUGCUGCUGGCGGUGGUGUCAGCCCGGCUGGGAGGGCUGUAUCUAGAGCGGGCGGGUCAGGGUCAUCAGCCUUGCAGCCAUCCGAGGAGGGCGGCAGCGGCCUAAGUUAUACGGCCCAUCCAAAUGCGUCGCCGGCAGGUGCUGCUGCUGCUGCUAGCUGCAAUGGAACUUCGUCGCUACCCACGGACACGCUCCACCGGGCAAACGGCGAGGAAAGCAACCCCGGGGGAGCUUACCGAACAAGGGCUUCUAGCGACGGUGCCGCUGUUCCCACCACCUCCGCAAUCGCAACUACUGCUGAUGCUGAUGCAACUGAUGCUGCAACCAUCGCGGCUCAGCUCCCGGAGAUGAACGGUGGCAUGCCCGGCAACAUCAAUCCGGACCCCAAGCGACCCGCCGGGUCGGUGAUCCCGGCCAUGACUACCGCCACCAGCAGUGUGUUCGGUCAGGCGGUGCUGCCGGACGGAACGCUGCCUGUGCUGUUGCACCCCAGGCGGGAGUGGGACGGGGAGAGCCGCUGGACGCCUAACGCCAGCCUAGAGGUGAUGGAGGAGGCGGUGCACUACAUGCGAUUCGCAACAGCGGUGUACGGCUGGAAGCUGUACUUUUGGAUGAACCGGCUUCAGGUGACCAACUGCUGUCUGCUUUGCGUGGGCCGAGGCUGCAACUGCUGCCAGCGGUGCGCUUCAUGCGGCUUGCUGGGGCCUGAGGACGCAGGGCCCUCGGAGGGCUGCUGCUCCCCCGCCAAGCUAAUGGACCGGGAGGCCAUCACACGCUUCACCGGCAUAGCGGAUUCAGACAUCUUAUACGUCAGCUACAAAAACAAGAUCGGAGGCCUGCUGCCGUAUUACAUUGCGGUUGACCGUUCGCGGCGUUCGUUGGUGGUUUCAAUACGCGGUUCGUUGUCGUUUCGCGAUGUGGUGACCGACCUGCUGUGUGAGCCGACGGAGUAUGACGUGCCUGGAGUGGCAUCCACGGACGCCCAGGGCCGGCGUGUCAUGUGGGCGCAUGCGGGCAUCCUGCGCUGCACCCGAGCCAUCCUGGCGGACAUCCAACAGCAGGGGGUGCUGGCGGCGGCGCUGACGGAGUGGCCGGGGGAGCUGGAGGCGCGUGAGAGGCUGCUGGCGGGGCUGCCGAGCGAGCGAGCGAGGGCGGUUGCGGCGGCGCUGCAGGGAGAGUGUGCUGGCUGGAGGCUGGUGGUCACUGGCCACAGCCUAGGCGCCGGAGUCACUGGGCUGUUAGGGCCGCUGCUGCAGGCUGACUUCCCCAACCUGCGUUGCUGGGCCUUCGCUCCCCCGGGCGGCCUCAUGAGCCCAAAGGCUGCAGAGCUCACCCGGCAUUACUGCGUGGGUGUCGUACACGCCAAGGACAUGAUUCCCCGACUGGGCGUUGUAACGGUGGAGCGGCUGGUGCAGGAGCUGGUGACAGCAGGCGUGCACUGCCGCCUGACUAAGGCAGCCAUCAUGGCGCGGCUGGUGCUGCUGGGGCGCCAACCGCGGCAGGAGGAGCUCUUCGAACCCUUUGAGCAGCUAAGCGAGGAGCAGCGAGAGGCACUCAGAGCCUACAGCGACCUCAAGGCGUACUCCGUGGGGUCCCGGUACGACAAUGCGCGCGAUUUCGUUCCCCCGGGUCGCCUGCUGUAUUUGGAGCGGCACAAGGCGGGGGAAGACGAGGGGCCGCCCUGCUGCAGCUGCAAUGUGUGCUUGCUGGACAGAAGCAGCCCCGGGGCGACCUUCAACUGCAGGUGGAUUGAGGUGGAUGACCUGAUGGCAGGCGGGCUCGUGAUUUCCAGAUCCAUGUUCCUAGACCACGUGCCGGACAAUGCACUGCUAGCCAUGGAGCAGGCGCUGCAGCAAAUGCGUGCCGAGCACGCGCAAGGCCCCAAAGCACCCGCCAGCUACCCGCUGCCGCCACCAUCGCCACCAAGGUCAUCCGCUGCUCCUGUAGCGGCCGGAAGCGCCUCACAACCACCCGCUUUCCAGUUCCCGCCGGAAGGCCCCCUGCGGCAGAAGCCCCCCAAGUUUCCAGUCAAGUUGCUUACCUAUUGCCCGCUGCAAGGUGCGGUGACCUGCUAGCUGGGCCCCAGAUCCCCAGAAUCUAGCCGAACGGCAUGGGACAUGCUAGCGGCGGAGCGUUGAGGAGGUAGGGGGCGGGUUCCGCUGACAGGAGGAGGGGGUCCCCUGAGGAGCAGCAGCAACAGCAGCACCGGGAGAACACGCCGGGAGCUGUAGCGGCAGGGGUAGAGAGAGCCGGGCUUGGCGCAGUAUGGUGCGGUUUGCUUGCGGGGGGGAGGAGAAGUCGUGUUGUGGUCAUGGACGGCUUGGCGGCGUUGGGGGGGUGGCGUGGGGCAUAUGAGGCGACUUCGGGUGAUGUAACGCCGCGUGCAGCAUGCGGCAGCAUGCCGGAUGCGGAUGCAGUGCUGGUGCACCUGCUGUGAGCUAGUUUGUGAUUACAUUCACGCAGUUGCAUCUCUGCAUUUUCCAGUACGGAGGAGGUUUAUUACGCGGUUCUUAGCGCGUAGUGGUUGCGUGCUCAUUGCUUGGCUUGCGUUCCGCUGUGGUCCUGUUACCACUGCUGCUGGUGGCGUAACUAUGUGGUCUGUUAUGGAGUGUGGGUUAGUUGGGGCAGAUGGUGUUUUAUUCAGUUUUCGUACGGCAACUUAGGAUCCGUGCGGCUUGAUCUGUGACCCAUGCCGCUGCUCCUUAGCGGGUGUUCCAGGAUGAGUUAAGGCGUUUGCGCGGAGCUCGUACGGACGUUUUUGGUCGUAUAGAUACCGGUAUUUUUCAUUCUGAGUGAUUCUGGUUCCACUGCAUUGUCGCCCUGUGUAUUAGACGUCUACAACGGUGGCCUUGCAUGUCGUAAAAUGAUCCAAUCGUCGUAAUGUUUGCUGAGUACCCGAUUGUUAUUUUUGGCUAGAGUGAUCGUCGGCUGGCUAUUUCGGAGCGCUCCCGUUGCUGUCUGAGUUUUCCUCAUGAGCCUGGGUGACGUAGUUGUGUUUUCAAUACCAGGUUCUGUCGUACAGCCGGGGUCGUACAUCCCAUGCAUGUUGUCCCACAUGUAGGGGUUUCACCUCGUUUAUGUUGGUGGUUGUCGUCGCAAUCUGAUGCACCUUAUUGGACGUGCUGGAGCC